CCGGAGCUGCGGGCGGCGGGAGGAAAAGGGCGGGGGGAGCCUGAGUUGGGCUGACCUCUGAAAGUCUGGGAAGGUGUGCGAGAGCCCCGAGUGUUUUCAGCUCCGGAAGUGGCAGUUGUAAACUUCACCUCCCGGGGGGCCUGUCCCCUCCUGUCCUCCUUUGCUCUUUGUCCCCCUCCUCUCGGGUCCUAGAGUCCGUCGUGUUCCAACAGUUUUUGCUCUUACCCCUGCGGGGUGCCUGGGCCUUCUACCCCUGAGACUUGGAGCGGCCCCUGGGGUCUUGGGUGUGCGGCGUAGAUCACGCGAGGCCCCUGAGACCUCAGAUCAUCUAACCUGUAAGCCACAGACAUCUUAGGCAAUUUUAAUCAUCAAGAAAGAAAUAUGUCAUUAAGAAACAGUGGGACAUUUUGAAAGAGUUGGAAAACAUCAUGAAUUUGAAUGCUUCAAGUAAUGGCACUGGUGACACCCAAAGGUUGAAGAAUGCCUCAUCAGAUGUAAAACAAAUGCUUAAAAAUGAAACAGAGCUGGAUAUUAUUGCUGAUCUCAGAAAGAAACUCCAUCGGGCUAAAAAAGAAAAAUUAGAAAUAACAACAAAACACAAUGCAGAGCUGGCAUGCUAUGAGAGCCAGAUUGCCAAGCUACGGUCCGAGGUUGAAAAAGGAGAAGCGUUGCGACAAAGUCUGGAGUAUGACCUAGCUGUUGCUAGAAAGGAAGCUGGUUUUGGAAGACGGGCUGCUGAAGAAAGAUUAGCCGAGGAACAUAGGAUCCAAGAAAAACUCUAUGCACAGAAUUCAGAACUUCAAGCAAAGGCAAAUGAGAUUGAGAAAGCAUUUCAGACGUCUCAGCAAAAAUGGAAAGAAGAAUGCAGACGGUUUGAACACGAUUUGGAGGAAAGAGACAAUAUGAUCCAAAAUUACAAUCGAGAAUAUGAUCUACUUAUGAAAGAAAAAAGCAGACUAGAGAAAACUCUACAGGAAGCGUUGGAAAAACAUCAACAGGAGAAGAAUGAGAUGGAGUCUCAUAUCAGGGAAACAGCAUUGGAGGAGUUUAGAUUACAAGCAGAACAAUGGGAAGCAGAAAGAAGAGAAUUACAAUUUAUAGUACAGGAGCAAGAUACUGCUGUGCAAAAUAUGCAUAAGAAAGUAGAAAAAUUAGAAACAGAACAUAUGGACUGCUCUGACCUUUUACAGCGACAAACAAGCGAACUUGAAUUUAGCACUCAACGAGAGGAACGCCUUAGAAAAGAAUUUGAGGCAACUACUCUGAGAGUGAGGAAAUUAGAAGAAAACAUUGAAGCAGAAAGAGCAGCACAUUUGGAAUCAAAAUUUAAUUCUGAAAUUAUUCAGUUACGGAUUCGAGACCUUGAAGGAGCUUUGCAAGUAGAAAAGGCCAGUCAAGCAGAGGCUGUUGCUGAUUUGGAAAUGAUCAAGAAUGAAUUCAAAGAAGUUGAAAGUGCAUAUGAGCGAGAAAAGCAUAAUGCACAAGAGAGCUUGGCAAAACUAAAUUUAUUAGAAAGAGAGUAUUUCUCCAAAAACAAGAAACUAAAUGAAGAGAUCGAGGAACAGAAGAAAGUCAUUAUAGACCUUUCAAAGAGACUCCAGUACAGUGAAAAAAGUUGCAGUGAAUUACAGGAAGAACUAGUAAUGGCUAAGAAGCACCAGGCCUUCCUAGUAGAGACAUGUGAAAAUAACGUGAAAGAAUUGGAAUCGAUCUUGGACAGCUUUACUGUGUCGGGCCAGUGGACAUCAGGCAUCCACAAGGACAAAGAUAAACCUCCCAGCUUCUCUGUUGUCCUUGAGACGUUGAGGCAUACCUUGACAGAUUACCAGAACAAGCUGGAAGAUGCAUCUAAUGAGCUAAACAGCAUGAAUGAUGCUAAGGAAACGGCAUGUAAUGAGCUUGAUUCUACGAAACAGAAGAUAGACUCUCACACUAAAAAUAUAAAGGAACUUCAGGAUAAACUGGCUGAUGUCAAUAAAGAGUUAAGUCAUUUACGCACUAAAUGUGCAGACCGAGAGGCUUUAAUAAGCACUUUAAAAGUGGAACUACAAAAUGUGCUACACUGUUGGGAGAAAGAAAAGGUUCGAGCAGCCCAGUCUGAAAGUGAACUGCAGAAGAUUUCCCAGGCUUUUCAUAAGGAUGCUGAGGAGAAGCUAACCUUCCUUCAUACCUUGUAUCAGCACUUGGUAGCAGGCUGUGUGCUCAUAAAACAACCAGAAGGCAUGCUGGAUAAAUUCUCUUGGUCUGAGCUUUGUGCAGUCUUGCAGGAGAAUGUUGAUGCCCUCAUUGCAGACCUCAACAGGGCUAAUGAGAAGAUAAGCCAUUUAGAGUAUAUCUGUAAAAACAAGUCUGACACAAUGAGAGAGCUUCAGCAGACUCAGGAAGACACCUUUACCAAAGUGGCAGAACAGAUCAAAGCCCAAGAGAGCUGCUGGCACAAACAAAAGAAGGAACUGGAGCUGCAGUAUUCUGAACUCCUCCUGGAGGUGCAGAAGAGGGCACAGACAUUUCAAGAAAUUGCUGAAAAAAAUAUGGAAAAAUUGAACCAUAUUGAGAAGUCGCAUGAACAGUUGGUUCUCGAAAAUUCGCACUUCAAAAAACUGUUAUCACAGACUCAAAGGGAACAGACAUCCUUGCUGGCAGCCUGUGCAUUGAUGGCUGGUGCCUUAUAUCCCCUCUAUAGCCGAUCAUGUGCCUUAUCUACACAGAGAGAUUUUCUCCAGGAGCAGGUCAACACCUUUGAACUGUUCAAAUUGGAAAUUAGAACUCUAGCCCAGGCUUUGUCAACUGUAGAGGAAAAGAAGCAAGAGGAAGCCAAGAUGAAGAAAAAAACAUUCAAAGGAUUGAUACACAUAUUCCGGAAAGGUGUUAUUGCAAUUUUGGCAGCAAACAGACUCAAGAUUUUGGGCCAAUCAUGUGCCUCUCUAUUUACCUGGAUGGAGAGUUUCAAAGAAGGCAUAGGCAUGUUAGUGUGUUCAGGAGAGCCCAAAGACAAGCAUAAAUUUCCAAAACAUCAAAAGGAGCAGUUGCGUUGUUUACAAGCGCUCAGUUGGCUCACCAGUUCUGACCUUCUUGCUGCAAUAAUCAGUUCUAUGGCUGAAUUGCAAGAAGUCAUUGGUAAAACAGAUCCAAAUUCCAGAAUUUGUGGACAUUUACUCAUAGGUGCAGCCAAGAAUUCUUUUGCAAAACUCAUGGAAAAAAUUAGUCUGGUAAUGGAAUGUAUACCUCUGCACAGUAGCAGGAGUAUUACAUAUGUAGAAAAAGAUUCUCUGGUUCAGAGGCUGGCCCAUGGACUUCAUAAAGUAAACACCCUGGCCCUAAAAUAUGGUUUGUGUGGCCAUGUGCCCAUUAUGAAAAGCACAGCAUCAUUGCAGAAGCAAAUAUUUGGAUUUACACAAAGACUGCAUGCUGCAGAAGUAGAGCGCCGCUCACUACGCUUAGAGGUCACAGAAUUCAAACGAAGUGUGAAUGAAAUGAAAAAGGAGCUUGACAAAGCCCAGGGUCUCCAAAUGCAAUUAAAUGAAUUUAAGCAGUCUAAAUUGAUCACCCAUGAGAAGUUUGAAAGUGCAUGUGAAGAGCUAAAUAAUGCAUUACUUCGGGAACAGCAGGCACAAAUGCUAUUGAAUGAGCAGGCACAACAACUACAGGAAUUGAAUUACAGACUUGAAUUGCACUCCAGCGAGGAAGCUGACAAAAACCAAACUCUUGGAGAAGCUGUUAAGAGUCUCUCCGAGGCAAAGAUGGAGCUGAGAAGAAAAGAUCAAUCUCUGCGUCAGCUCAAUAGACAUCUUACCCAGCUGGAGCAGGACAAGCGUCGACUGGAGGAGAACAUCCAUGAUGCAGAGAGUGCCCUCCGCAUGGCAGCCAAAGACAAAGAAUGUGUUGCUAAUCACAUGAGAGCAGUAGAAAAUUCGCUUCACAAGGUCAGAGAUCAGAUCUCGCUGUCAUGGUCUGCGGCAAGUAGGAAUGACUUCACCCUGCAGCUGCCCAAACUGCACCUGGAGACCUUUGCGAUGGAGGGGCUCAAGGGCGGGCCAGAGGUGGUAGCAUGCCAGGGUAUGAUUAAAAGUUUCAUGGAUGUCUACCAGCUUGCAAGCACUAGAAUCACAACAUUAGAGAAGGAAAUGACAUCUCAUCGAAGUCACAUUGCGGCCUUGAAAUCAGAACUUCACACAGCUUGUUUGCGUGAAAAUGCAAGCUUACAAUCAAUAGGAUCACGAGACCAUUCAAAUCUCUCCACUCCUUCAAGAGCUGCUCUUCCUGCUGACACAACUGGUGUUGGGGAUUUCUUACCGUUGAAAGCUGAGCUUGAUACAACUUACACUUUCUUAAAGGAGACAUUUAUAAAUACUGUGCCCCAUGCUCUGACAUCAUCUCACUCCUCUCCAGUGACUAUGCCUGCUAAUGCCAAAAGACCAACUCAGAUUGGAUUAUGACUUCAUGAAAUUAAAAAAUGAAGGAAGAGUUAACAGUACAAUUAAAAUGGUUUUGAAUGGGGAUUUUCUUAUCAGUUGACUUUUGUUUCAGCAGAAGUGACAGUAGAUUUAAAAAAUUUGUGCUAUAUCUUGAUGUAUUCUGGUAGCUCUGUCUCCCUGAAUAAGGAAAUAGCCAACUUUUUUCUCUCCAAGUUUUAUUUAUUAUCACAGUUGCUCAUUUUUAUGUAACAUAUUUUUAAAUGUUAAGGAAUGACACAUUUUGGGUAAUUUCCCUCAGACUUAAAAAAAUCAAUAAGCCAUUUUAGUCUCUAUCUAUCAAAGUUGUUUCAUACUUGUCUAUUUUAAAGCAGGACUGCAAUGCUUUAAUAGGAUUGAGAGAGCUAUUUGAAAUGUAUGCCAAUGAUUCCUGUCAUUUCAUGGCAGCCCGGCCAUGGUUCACUGAGCCCCCUCUUUUCUCUUGUCAGCUCAACUGAAGACAAGCAUUUAGUUGCAAACUUUAAGCAGGUUGUGCAAAACAGAAAUGAUGUGACUGCUUCUCCUCCUGCACAAUAAUGUCACUCCUGGUCAAUGUGAGAAGGUCAGGUUGCUCCUUGUAAAGCUACAUGAUACCACUUGCCCAUUUGAACAAGUUAAGUUAACUGCUGAAUCUUGUCCCUGCAGGCAUUGAAAACUCAUUCUUUUAGCAAGUCUGCAUUUGAUAAGAAAGUAGAGCAAUUGUGCUGGAGGAUUUCUGUGGUAUGUUUAGGCACUUCAUAAGGACAGUUCCCACACCAGGAUAACAGGUAAUAUAUUUAGUGUAAGCUGAAAAACUUCCAGGUAAUGGCUGUUUUGACCUUCAAAAUAGACUCCUUUUUUGUUUUUGUUGUUGGUAGGACCCAAGAGUGACGCCCAUCUUUGAUGCUGACAGAAUUUAAAACAAGGCCAUUGCCCUGCAUUUUCUGCCUUGUAGCACACAAAAGUAAAAUUGUAUGUCAGGCCGAGAUGUCGGGGAGCUGACAAGAUGCCCCAGUGACAUUUCAGCUAGAAAGAGCAAGUGUCUUGCAACCAAGUGGUCAAAUAUCAAAUAAUAGGUCAAGCAGGAAGGAGCUGAGUUCUAACCACAAAGAGGUUUCUGGUAACUUACUUGACAAGCUUUUGGGUGCUUUGUGGCUUGACAAAGUGAUGUUCUGUUGGGUAUCGCUAGACAGACUGUUCUUUAUCGCCUUCAGAAGAUCAGACAUUGACAUUGAUUAAACUCUUUAACCCUUAAAGGUUAAAUCCUUGCAGUUUGCAUCAUGGUAAGUGAAGAACAAAAGAAUAUUUGUAGUAAGAAUUUGUUUUUGUAUUAAUCAUUUAACUCCCUAGUGCUAUUAACUUCUGAUGUGAACUAUAGCUUUUGACAAAGAGUUUUGAUACAGAAUAUUUUUUCUAUUAUUUUUCAUUAUGGAGUCUUUCAUUAUGGAUAUAUUAGAAUUGAACAGAAUGUAUAAUGGAAGCUUUUUCAUCUUAUCUUUACAGUGACAUUUGAUUCAAAUAUAUCCAACUGCUGAGAAUUUUUUCAUUGGCCAUGGAAACACCACCCUCACUGUGUUGCCCAGUGUCUCUAGCUUGGCCCAGAAGACCACACAGAUACUCUCAGAAGCAGACUCUCUGUUGAGAGGUACUGAUGGUGAGCCAGCCUGACCAUGCUAUUACUUCCCAUUGGAAUAUAAUGACAUAUGCCAAGUAAAGCUGAUCAAUAAAGCAUUCACUUAUGUAACUCUUAGGUUGAAGAUUUAAAAAUAUAUUUUCUGGACUAGUGUAGUAGGCUGAACAAUGGCCCUACAAGAUACCCAUGUACUGAUCACCAGAACCUGUGAAUGUUACCUUCUAUAGCAAAGGGAUUUUGUAGGUUUGAUUAAGUUAAGGAUCUUGAGAUGGGGAGAUUAUCCUGAAUUAGCCAGGUGUUCCCUAAAUGCAGCAGGAGGUAUCUUUGUAAGAGAGGGAGGUGCAGGGGUUGAUUUGAAUAUGGAGAGGAAAAGAUGAUAUGAUGAUGGAAGCCGAGGUUGAAGUGAUGUGCUCUAGAGACGGAGGAAGGGUUCAGAUCUAAGGCAUUCAGGGUGGGUGCUAGAAGCAGAAAGAGGCAAGGAAAUGGAUUCUCCUUAGAGCCUCCAGGAUUGUAAGAUAAUACAUUUGUAUUGUUGGUUAAGCCACAAGUUUGUGGUAAUUUGUGGCAAUAUGUCACAGCCAUCAAAGGAAACUAAUACACCAAACUAAUAUAAAAGUAAACUUUUAGUAAUUUUUUCAAAAAGAUUAAUAUAUUAAUCUUUUAAUAUUAGCAAACAGAGAAAGUAUUCCUUCUUUUAAAUUAUCCUCAUCAGUUGCCUUCAUAACUUGAAUUUUCAAAUUCUUUUCAGUUUCCAUUUUAUAUUAAUGGCUUCUGAAUAUAAUAAACAAGUGAUUAUAUAGGGCUAGCAUAGAGUCACACUCUAUUGCCAACAUUUUUGUUAAUUCUUCAAUUGACCUGUGAUUUUAAUAUAUAUUUUAAUCCCUACAGUUUUAAAAAAGAUGCCUUAAAUGUUUUAAAUUUAUCUUAAAGAUCUAUUUUAAAUGAUUGUUUUUAUUUGAUUCUGUUUUGGUUGGCAUAUAUAAUAGCCUUCUUACAAAAAAAUUGAAUCUUGAAUGAGUUUGUAUUAAUCACAGCUUAAAAUAGUGAUAUGGAAUUUAUGAAUUAUAUAUUAAAUGUGCCAGAGCAUUUUCUUUUACUAUUUGCCCAUGAGUUCAACAUGUCCCUGGCCAUUUCUCCCUGCCUUUUGUUAUAAUUGAAGCGAGAGAAUUUUAAUAAUUUUCCUCAACAAGGAAAUCUUCUAACAUUUUUACAAUCUAAUAUUUGAAUCCAUUUUGUCUUUACUUUGGUGAAAUCACAUAGUUUUUCCUGAUGGUUUAGUUUAAUGAGAGAAAGGAGAGCAAUUUUAAUUGAAAUGACUAAGUGUUGAAUGAGAUCAAACCUAAAAUAUUGAAGAUUCAAACCUAGAGUGUUAAAUAUUUCAAGUACAGUCAAGAAAAGAAAAGAAAAAGAAAGCCUCUGGUUCUGUAAGGAACCCUUCCAUUCCUCCAGUCCACCUGGUUAAGUGAGACAUAAAUGUAUAAAUUUACAUAUUAGAAGAGCUCCAUCUUUUUUCUUAACCUUAACAAUUUUAUUACAAGACUCUUUCUGACUGUGGAAUGUGUUGAUUGACAUAUCCAGAUAUCAGAUGUCCUGUUAGUUCAUACUGUGGGCGCCUACAUAUUUUUUCUGAGCCACCCCUCCUGCAUAAUCUUUUUUAGUUGUUUUAAACAAAUCGGAAUCGAUAGGUCUCCCUAACUGUAUCUUCUGGGCAAAUUAUAUUUCCAUGGACAUCGCGAUGGGAAAAUGUGUUCUUACUCUUUGCAGUAGUGAUACCUAAUUGAUAUCACAUGCUAUAAGUUGUAAAAUCUCUGGAUACAGUAUGAGAAGGAAAUAAAUCAAAACAGAACUUUGCUCCGUCCUCUAAAUCAUCUUAUGUGUAGGUGUUGGUAGGUGCUUAGGCAUAUGUUUUCAAAGCUCUGACCUUAAUGUUAGUCAGGCAGCAGAAGCCCCACAACAUCUAAAGCUUUGAAAACUACUGGGUUAUAUUAUCUGAAGACAGUUUUUUUUUUAUGAUUUAAUUGAGUCAUGGUUCAUUGUCUUCUAUUGCAUGUUAAUGCCAGUGAAAUGCUGAUUGUUGACAGAGUCCUCCCAGUGAAGCAACUGCAGAAAUAUUGUGUGCUGCUAUAGGAAACUACGUAAAAUAGGAAGGCUUAUUUAGAUCUGAAGAAGACUCAUCUGACAGGUUAAGAGCUAUCAGAUAUUCAUAAAUAUUCACCAUGACAAAAAUAUAAGAUUUUCAUAGAUAGAAACUACACCUCACAGCAGAGCAGAAAGGGGUCAAUUCUUCUCAACAAAAACAAAUAUUGUGCUAAGUUUAAAGUCACUAUGGACUUUUGCACAAAUGGAUCUGCAUUUCAGAACCAAGUCUAUUGGUCCUAUACAGUGGUCAUUCCAACACCAUGCUCUUCUGUAAGAAGUUUCACACUUACACUGCUGUUCAGUUUUUCCAACAAGUUAACUUUCUGCGCUACAGUCAUGUACUGCAUAACAACAUUUCAGUCAACUAUGAACUGCAUGUACGAUGGUAAGCCCAAUGGUGGUCCCAUAAGAUUACAAUGGAGAUGGUAGGAAGUGGGGAACAUGGCCGAAAGGAAGCUUCUCCGGAGUGCAGCUACCACUGAGUGAGACAGAACCAGAGCGAUAUCCGCGUCUCCGAGCGAGGUACCCAUUUUGUUUUAAAGAGACUGGUUGAACAGCAGGAUUAACUCCCCAAAAAAGACAGUGAAAGCAAACCAAAGGUGUCUAGCCGAGGCAAGGUGGGGCAUUGUCCCACCUGGAAAGUGUAUCAGGCAUGGAGGAUCGGGGAGGCAUCACCUCCUCGGUUCCCUGAAUCAGAUACAGCAAUUCAGUCCGAGACUUUGGCAGCACACAGACCAGGAAAAAGCUGCCUUGCUGAGAACCACCUGGACUCGCAGAUCUGGGUGACAGCCCAGGCCAGCAGCCCCGGCCAGACCAGAGCCUUCUUAGCACAGACCAGGGUGGAGAUUUGGACUAAUACCAAGAAAGCUUGCGAAAAGGAACUGCCCAUCCCACAGAAUAGGUUAAUUUAGAAAUAGAGUUACAGGCUCAGAUAAAAUCCAAGUUUUCACCCUUGGCCAUUAAGAGAUAUUAUAUGUAUGAGAAUUGGGAUGUCCUACUUCCCCUUAACUGCAAAGUAACCCUUUGGUACUCAUAUUUCAACCCCCAAAAUGCACUUUGCUAAAAUGUUUGCUGUGGAGCCAGGUCCUGUGGAUGGAAGCUGAAGAGGUGAGGGCUGUGUGCAAACACAUGGCGGGGAGUCUGGAUGGGUUUACAGUAAGCACAAGCGCCCCACAGGGACUGCAGCCUUUUACCUCUCACUGCAGGGGAUGGGCAUUGACCAGGUGAUGCAGCCCCAGAAAUCAAUUUAACACUAAUGAGGGCCGCAGCUGGAAUCAGAGAGGAACACGUGGGAAUUUGUAGAUGAUGUAGUCAGGCUGAGAUACGAUGGGAGCACCAGAAAUGGCUAGCCACCAUAUCUGUCCAGUUUGCCUUUCAACAUUGCAAAUUCAAAUAUGGGGGAACACAAGCCAAUACUGAGGGCCCAAAGCAGAAGUUUAGACAUAGGACACUCUCCAGGCUGAAAUGGAGAUUUUAACUAGCAUGUCAGCCCAGAGCACAACCAGCACCAGAAGUAAAAGAAAGAACUGAAUGAAAGAAAGAUGAUUUUUUUGACUUACAUGCUCUUGAGAAAGCUGGAAAAUUCAGUCCGGAAAAGGGAAAAAUAGUAAACUUACAGCUAUUGCUUAUCUCUUCUAGAACAAAGAAAAUGAGCUGGGGGCCCAGUGGGGAAAUCUUGUCCAGAGAUCUGCUUUUCUUCCUUGACAUUAUAUUAGUUUUGUGCUGCUUGGUUCUCUUUUGUUUUAAUUUUUAAUGUCUUUGGUGAAUUUUCAUGGCCCUCACAUUGUUCAACUCUAGGUGUCCAUUUGUAGCUGCAGUUCACUGAAUGCCCCAUCACUGCCUUACUGAGCCACCGCCACGCAUUUCUAAUUAGCUUGUCCCUUCAGGUGUCUAAAUUUGAGACCUUAGAAUACUAAGAUUUCUUAGUAAAUUUAGCAAAGGGUCUAAGUACUAGAGAAUUGAUAUUUCUAGCCCUGAAGGACAGUGAUCUGCCCUUGAGGGUUGUUUGAAGUUAAGAGUUGCAGGAAGUGGUAGAUCUCAUUUCCCUGGAGGCCCUUAACAUUACGGAAGAGUCUGGCCUUGAAAGGAUGAGUUGUCCAGUUGCAUCUAAAAUAGAAGGCAAAUGAGGUUACUAUAUAUAUCAUAUACCACAUAUAUACCAUAUAAAUUACAUAUAUAUAUAACUAAUAUAUACCAGAUGUAUAGAAAUAUUAAUCAUGUAACAUAAUGCACCCAUUAAAGUGAACAAUUCAGUAGUAUAGUAUAUUCACAAGUAUGUGCAACUUUCACAACAGUCAAUUUUAGAACUUUCUUAUCAAUCCAAAAAGAAAUCCUGUAUUAGUAGAAAUCCUGUAACUCCCACUUCACCUGCCUUAGGCAACCAUUAAUCUACAUUCUAUCUGUGUAGAUUUAACUAUUCUAGACCUUUCAUAUAAUCACAUAAUAUGUGUCUUUUGUGAGUGACUACUUUCACAUAGCAUAACGUUUUCAAGAUUCUUGCAUAUUGUAAUAUGAAUCACUAUUUAUUUUCUUUUUAUGGUCAAAUGACAUUCCAGUAUAUGGAUAUUGCCACAUUGUGUUCAUCCAUUCAUUAGUUGGUGGACAUUUGGGUUGCUCCCACAUUUUGGUCAUUGUUCAUGCUACUACAAACAUUCUGUGCAAGUUUUUGUGUGAACAUAUGGUUUACAGUUGACCCACUGUAUCUGUAGGUUCUACAUCUGUGGAUUCAUGCAACCACAGAUCACAGAUCGAAGAUAUUU